GGCGCCGAGGCGACUUCCGGUGCCCUCCCAAGCCAAGGACAGAGCGGCGGCCCCGGUUCAGACCGGAAGUGAGGCUGGUUCUGUGCCUGGCUCUUUCCCAGAAGGCACCGCGCGGGGGUCCGGAAAGGACGUGGCGCCAGAGCAGCCGAGAGCCGCCAGAAUGGUGACCGACGUGCAACUGGCCAUCUUUGCCAACAUGCUGGGAGUGUCGCUUUUCUUGCUUGUCGUCCUCUAUCACUACGUAGCUGUCAACAACCCCAAGAAGCAGGAAUGACCCAGCAUUGAGCCGCACCGUCCCAGGCGAUGCCACGCUGGAAAGUUCUUUCCCCACUUUCUUUGGCAGAGCAAAGCCCCGCCGCCACCUGCACCGUGAUGCACCAAGCCUCAGCCUCUUGCAGGAGCAGUCUGGCUAGAUCACAUUAAAUGGAUGGAGGGUCCCCCCCUCCAUGCCUCCCACUG